ACAUUUUAAAAAUAUAUGAGCACUUCCGGCAAGAUUAUUGAUCUGAGUACGACACUUCCGGGCUUCACUCCUUUUCACCGAACUUCUGUCGACUGUGUGAUCCGCGUGUUUACACACUCCCAGAUGAAGGAGUCGAUAAUGAACCAGGAGAAGCUCGCAAAACUGCAGGCUCAGGUCCGCAUAGGCGGCAAGGGGUCAGCCCGCAGAAAGAAGAAGGUCGUGCACAGAACGGCUACAGCAGAUGACAAGAAACUGCAGUUCUCCCUCAAGAAACUGGGCGUCAACAACAUUUCUGGCAUUGAAGAGGUGAAUAUGUUCACUAACCAGGGGACAGUGAUCCAUUUCAAUAACCCAAAAGUUCAGGCGUCCUUGGCUGCCAACACUUUUACGAUCACAGGGCAUGCUGAGAACAAGCAGCUCACAGAAAUGCUCCCAGGAAUCCUAAACCAGCUGGGUGCCGACAGUCUUACCAGCCUCAGGAGAUUAGCAGAGACCCUGCCCAAACCAGCUGGAGACAACAAAACCCCCAUGGUUGCUGCUGAAGAGGAAGAUGAUGAGGUUCCAGAUCUUGUUGAAAACUUUGAUGAAGCUUCAAAGAAUGAGGCAGACUAGCAAACACCAGCGAACAUUUUAAGGUUCCUCUCGACUCACCGUACUUUGACACAGCAGCGUUUUGUAGAUGUUCAUCUUGGUGUGUGGCUCCACAAAAAAGUUGCUUUUUUAAUUGUAACCUUUACAGUUGAGCUAAAACAAUUAAAAUGGACUUUUUUGGCAGUUGUUACCUA